AUAGUGAGACCCGGAAACGAAAUGCUAACAAUUAUUUCAAAAAAAAAAGGAACAGGCGUUCGUGUGGAAGGAAUGGUCGAUAGUUCCAAAGUUGAGGCAGCUCGGCACGGGCUCAAAAGCUGCUAAGCUCCAGAUCAGACAUCACCGCGUUGCAUCCACCUGUUCAGGGCGCAUUCCUCAACAACACCACCCACCACUCGCACACUCACGUCCCCACGCUUACUAUCCUCCGCACUGCAUCGCAUAAGCUCAGACGAUCACUGCACCUUUAAUAGCAGCUUGACCGGCCACAAAUAUGCCUCAACAAGCAGCGAGAGCUUUCUCGCAGAAAGAUCUUCCACCUUCCGUCGAGGCGGCCUACUAUCGUAAAUGCAUCGAACUGCGUCGGCGCAUCAAUGACAUCGAAGAGAAUAACGAUGGCACAAGACAACGCAUUCAGCGCCUGAACCGCGGCGUUCAGAAGAUGCGUCUUGAGCGCGCCUUCCUCCUUGAUCAGCUACAAAAGCAUCAAGAAUACAGCAUGGACGACUCGGACCGCAGCUCCAGCCCACCACCAACACCCACAGACAAGCCUCUCCGCAGCAAGCGCAGUCACAGGAAAGGCUCACCAGCAGCCGCCGGCGCCGAUGUCACUCCAGCAGCAGCGCGCAACGGCCCUUCACAUGCAGCCUCACCUGGCGAACACGGCAUCCACCUCGCCAUCUCCCACACACACGCCAUCAACCCCAUGUCGAGCGCUCAAAGCACGCCCGAUCCCUCCCGACACACAAACCCCUUCUUCAGCUCCGUCGGCGCUUCCGCAUCACCCCACUCUUCCCACGCCGUGAACGGGAAUCAGAAUGCCCUGCCGCCGCUGCACUCACUGCCGGGCAUGCAGCCGCAGAUCCAGCAAACGCCCACGCCGCGCGCAUACUUUGAUCCAGCGUACGAUGCGGAGCGCCGCACGCCUGUACCUGCGGAGAGUGAGGGAGGGAGAGCUCGCGCCUACUCUGGCGCCCAGCCGCCGCAGCAUGGCGAGGCCCCGCAGAAUGGGGACAUGGAGAUGCGAGACGUCGGGUAUGUGGCCGUGGCUCCUAACCAGUAGGAAUGGAGGGCGCCGCUGGGAGCCCCAUAUCGGGGAUUGAUGCUGUAUAGGGUGCCCAUAGGUCAAGGGCUACCUCCGGAGGCAUUCAUAGAUGGUAGUGGAUCAUCAACAUAGCAGGCGUGGCACGAAUUACAAGGCAUCAAUCUCUUGUAUGAGAUGUGCG